GCAGUCGCUGCUCUGCCGGCUCUACUCCCGCACGCCCAGCGGGCAUUAGUUAUAGGUAUCUAUUGCAGAGACCUCGGAUUUUUUUUUUUCCCCCUAAAAGAUUGAAGGAAGAUCAGUUCCUCUUUAAAUCGAUGUCAUUUCCCUUUGGUUAUUUUUAAAACUACUUGUCGUCGCAGUGUGAAAAGCAGAAGGAGAAGACGUUCUUUCCCGAGGCACUGCAGGGCACACCUUUUCCUGGCCAAAGUUACUGAACAACCUGCAGAGUCUCUUGGAUAGCCCCAUUUGCCUCCUGUGCCGCUUCUGAUUCUGGAACACGGCUCUGCUGGCCUUCUCCAGCCUUCUCUCACGGUCAACCCCUACCUAGAGGCUGGAACUAGCUUGCUUCUUCUGGGACGCGAGGGAAGAAGGAGACGAGAAGAGACAAAGAGAAGAGGAGAAAGCACUUCCCACCUUCUUGAAGACUUAAUGCUUUUCCCUUGGUCUAGGAGUGACAUGAUCCUCUGUGUUCAGGGACCUCAUCCUUUGCUGGCAGAGGAAAAGCUUGGGAGGCUGUCACCCAGGGGCACUGAAGUGGAGCUGUCAGAGGUGAUCAUGCAGCCCCUCCCAGUUAUGGCCUUCCAGGAGGAAUCUGCACCUGCCUUUGCAGCACCAGCUGCAGACAGCAACCCACCUCAGACACGAGACCCUGAAGAAGACCUUCUCUGCAUUGCAAAAACCUUCUCCUAUCUGCGAGAAUCUGGUUGGUACUGGGGAUCUAUCACUGCCAGUGAGGCCAAGCAGCAUCUCCAAAAGAUGCCUGAGGGCACCUUCCUGGUACGAGACAGCACCCACCCCAGCUACCUGUUCACGCUCUCUGUCAAGACAAAUCGAGGUCCCACCAACGUGCGCAUCGAGUACGCUGACAGCAAGUUCCGGCUAGACUCAAACUACUUGUCCAAACCUCGCAUCUUGGCCUUCCCAGACGUGGUCAGUCUUAUCCAGCAUUACGUCAUGUCCUGCACAACAGAGAGCAAGAACGAGGCUCCUUACCCACCUCCAUCUCCUCUACCUCCCAUGCAAAAAGAGAUGGCAGCAGCUGCAGUGCACUUAAAACUCAUCCAGCCUCUGGGCCGCAAAGACAACAUCCCCAGCCUGCAGCACCUGUGCCGGCUACGGAUUAACAAGUCCACAGCCGAUGUGGACCAGCUCCCUCUGCCCAGGCGGAUGGGGGACUAUUUGAAGCAAUACCCUUUCCAGCUCUGAAGCACGACCAUCAUACCCCUCAGGCAUGACAGGGAAAGAAACAAGUGAACUUUGUGUCUUUGUCCCACUAAAGCGCGGCAUUGGGUUGGCGCAGUAAGGACCCGAUUAUCAGCAGAGACUGCAUCCAUCUUUCCUCUCCCCUUCUCUCCAAAUCCAUUCCAGCCAGGGAGGAGUUGGUUGUUUCAGUGAACAAUGGGACACAAUCUGAGCUCUGAACCUCAGGCUGCGCCAACAGUGGCUGUGAGAAAGCACUGUAGGAAUGUGCACACUACUUGAAUCUCAGAGCUGCUGUGACACCAGAAAUGUUAACAUUGUUAAUUUUGCUAUUUAUUUCCAUGGCAGUUUCUCUCCUCAUGGUAUUUUAAAAGCACCUUUUACUUUAUUGGGUUUUGUUUCUUUUUCUUAUGUGGAACUAGAGAUAGAAUAAAAUAUGUGGGAGUUUGGAUUCGCAUCUAUAUAGCA